GCCAAUUGGCCACUGUCUGUCUGUUUGGUUGCGUUCAAGCGGGUUCCGAGAAGUGAAGUAUUCAACCAGGUAGCAGCAACCCCGCCUGUCGCGCUGUCAGUGUGUUGGUUUUUUGGUGGUGUGUUGGUUGGUUUUUUGCUGGUGUGUUCGAGGGUUGAACUGCAGAAAGAAAAUGGUCGUCGACAUACGCAAGCAAACAGCAGCUUGCCCCAGCCAACAAGCACAGCAGCUGUGGGGUUGCGGUACUCGUCCGAUCCAUGUUCGACAACGUUAGCCCAGCAGCAGCAGCAACCUGCAUUAUUUGGUGUGGUAACGCCGACGUAGCGGACCCGCGAACCAAGCGACGGCCAGCUUUAUCCGCACGGGAAAACGGGGAAAAAGUGACAGCGAAACAUUAAUCAAUAUAAUAGUAGAUGAUGACCUCUCCAUAUGCACAUACACACACGCAGGUGGUGUAAAGCUGUGCCGGAUUGAUGCGCUUACCGUUGCACCCCUGCGGAGCUGUAAACCUUCGAUUUGCAAUUUUUCCCCAAAAUAAAGGCAAAAAGACCGAUCGAUCCCCGGCGGGUGUGCGGGUGGUGUAGUAGUGUCGUGAUGAUGAAGAUGUCUAUGGAGUGUUCAGUGUGAAAAGAAGAAAAGAAAACGGAAGAAACCAGAAGUGUGCAAACUCGUUGGGAAGGGGAGACGCGCGUGACGCUUUUCUGUGUGUGUGUGUUUGUGUGUUUUUGUGCCGGAACGGACAAAAGGUCCUUGUUUAUAUUCCGCAAUCUCGCGUUAAAAGUGCCUAAGAGUAUGAAAGCAAGUGCGAAGCAUUCCUCCCCCACGACGUAAGCAUUGUGUGAAUUGUAUUGCGCGAGUGUGUGUGUGUGUUUUAGUGUGCAAGUGAUUGAUUGGUUGGAAAGUGUGUGACGAUAUGCAGCAAUCUCUCGCAAGGACAUUCACUUGUCUGUAGACGAACCGCGCGGGGCAAUGCGGUUGCUUUUGGUGGCAAACGUCAUCGGCAAGCAAUGGAAGCGUCCAUCGUCAAGCAUUUUUCGUCCUCUUGGAAGCUUGGGUACCGAGACCUGCUAGUAGUACUAUCACGCCACGAGCGACAACAACACGACACGGCAGCAUUUAACAUUCGUCGCUAGCGCGCCGUCCAGCUAGGAAGAGAUGAGCAGUGGCGACAACGAUCUGGCAGCAUUUGAUGGACGAAGGAUUCAGCGCGAAGUGUCGGACGAGCGGACGCAACAAGUAGCCAGUGUUGUUGGGGACAGUGCACUACUAGCGACUUCUAUUAGCAUCCCAAAGCAACCAGUACAUUACCUAGACAACCAGCAGCAACAGCAGCCCGACGAAUGGGCAACGGUAGUACGAUCAUACGGCGAAGCGAAUCUUAAGCACGAUGCUAAUGCGAUUGUAAUGGAUGGUUCUUUUCAACAGCAACACCACGCGAUUAUUAGCACACAUCGAGCAAACGUCGACCGGAAAUCGCCAGCGUGGCCACCAGGGUCCUCCCUCCAUGCUGCAGCAUCGAACGCGACCAGCGCACAGUAUGUGGAGCAUUCCGAACCGCGCGCUUUAACGGAAGGUAACGGUGUGCUCGCACCGGACGGAUCGCUACUGAACGCAGCGCCACAUACAGACAGCGUGAAGCAAGUGAUUGAUCAUAGCACGAGCAGCGGCAGCGGUAGCAAUAGCGUCAUGCGCGAUCCUCAGGAAUCUCAUCACCGGGCAGCUCCGUCGGCAGCACCGCUCGGGGAGGUCGAAUCGGGCGAGGACGACAGCGACUGCGUGGUCGUACCGUCCACCGAGCGGAAGGUGGAACCGUUAAAAAUUAACCUUGCCCGCGACCGGGAACCGAUCCGGACAGUCAUCAAGCUAACGUCCGGUGCCGCCGGCUCCGGUGGGCCGGAUCACUUUCAGCAGCUGUCACCCACGAUCCGGGAAGUGCCCGGUUCGCCCAAGAUCACCAUUAAGCCUCCGAAGCCACCGCCGUCCAUGGUGGCAGAAAACCCGUCGAUCAGCGGGCUAGCAGCGACAGCGUCAUCGUCGGCCGGAUCGUCCACCACGCUGACCGGUACCGAGCAUCACGGAAACAAUUGUGUCGGCUACAGUGCGGUUUUACCUGCGUAUAGCAGCAUUCCAAAGCUUACCAUUAAACCGAUCAUCAAUCCGGCCGACGAGCCGACCGCUACGGAAGGAUCAUCGUCGGCGACGGGUACGGGGGCGGCGGCGGCGGCCACAGUAGAGCAAAUGCAUAUUAUUCCUAAGUUACUCAUCAAGGGUUCCGCUUCCUCGCUGGAGGCAAGCCACGGCCGGGACGGAGCGGUGGAACCACACAUUGUGCCUAAGCUAACGAUACGUGGCGUUAAUAACCACAACCAUCAUCAUCAUCAUCACCAACAGCAGAGUCCGCUGGACACAGCGACCUACCCCAGCGAUGGACUACCCUCGGUCGGGGAGAGCCGAGGGGAGAGCAGUGGAACCGGCUCGCCAACGCCGCUAGUUCCGAAGCUAACGAUUAAGAUGGACAACCACCAUCCGCAUCAUCAUCACCACCACCACCAUCACAACAGUUUGCGCGUGAAGGAGGCAGCGGACGGUGUUGAGGCAGGCGUCCCCGGUGGCCCGAUUCCAAAGCUGCACAUAAAGACGAACCAGCAGGACGGAACAACGACAGCGAUCAAUAGCUCCCUGUCGGCCGGUGCGAACUGUAGCACCUCUGCUACACUCGGGUCUUCCCCGGUGCUGACCAGCUUGGAGGGCGUCAAAGUUACCAUCAAACCACUACCGGAGCCACCGAAGCUGCCAAAGCUAACGAUCAAGACCACUGGCCUCGGCACGGUGGCGGAAACGAGCGACGUUUCGAUGGUGUCUUCGACGAGCAAUAGCUUCUCGCCCAAGCUGCUCCCUUCCGUGGUCGGCUGUUCCGGCGAGCAGCUGCAGCACCAUUCGGUUGGGGCGGGCGGUGCGCCAGGCGUUUCUCAACUGCUGCAGCAACACCAAUCCCAGCAACCGGCUUCCCCGAGCGAUCAGCACUCCAACAUCAGCUCUAGCUCGAUCCCAAAGCUGACGAUCAAGCCGAUGCCGCCGAAGGAGACCACCCAAAACUGUUCCGCGGAAGGCAGCAGUAGUGCCGGAACGGCGGAAUUGCCACCCACUGUACCGAAGCUGACGAUUAAACCGAUUCUGCCACCGGCGAAGCAAUCCGGCGAGGACAGCAGCAGUUCCAGUGAGACCAGUAUUAACUCUCUCGAAUCAUCGCCCAUUUCAUCGUGCUCGUCGGCACCGACGUCGGCCGCGGUAACGACCUCCCCGACGACGGCACUGAGAAUGACAAUCAAGGUACCUUCUUCAGCUCCACACCAGCAGCAGCAGCACGAAACUAACCCUGCGGGACACUCGGCGAGCACAGCACUGGCCGGGUCGCCCACUUCAUCCGCAGCGGCUGGUGGUGCCGCGGUUGUCACAAGGCUUAACAUCAAACCGAUUCUGCCUCCUCCUCCCCAAACAAACGCAGAACUGAUGCCUGGCACGGUGCACGCCACGGACCGCUCGCUGCUGACGUCAGACGAUGGUGAUUCGACUCCGCCUUCGUGUGACGAUUCGCAUAAACCGAUCGUUAUACCGAAGGUGACGAUCAAAACGCUAGCCAAUCCGCGUGGCCAAGAGACGGAAAUCUUAUCCACGCCCAAGGUGACCCUGAAACCGAUCCCGAAACCGCAGGACGAUGCUGCGGGCAGUCCGGUCGAGCGUCAUCCGCCGCUGGCCAACAAUACCGGCCACUCGCCGACGAACAGUGCCGCUGCCGGUAUGCCCGAUGGGACGGAUUCGCCGAGAAUUAUUUUGAAAAUUAACAAAGGCUCCUCGUCGACGACGACAUCGACGACAAGCGCGGAACAGCUGGAAGGUGCCGCACUGGAUGCUGCACAGCCAACGAGUGUAGCUCCAGCGGGCGGCAGCAUUUCCAUACUAGCGAACGAGCUGAAACGACCGGCCGCGAGUGCAAUGGGAGGCACCGCAACGCUCUCCUCGUCUGGCUCAUCCUCGUCGGUAUCGUGCGCGUCGUCGACCUCCGUUUCGGCAUCGGCCACAUCAUCGUCCGCCGGGUCGGAUCCUGCCUCGCCGUCCUCCGGUGAUGGCGGUGAUCAGGGCGAACCCGGGUCGCCCGAGGUGAAGAAGAGCAAGCUCGAUCACACGCAGCUGAAGCUGUCCCAGCAGAUGCAGGACGCACUGGAGCAGCAGAAGGGCCUGCUGCGACAGUCGAUGCUUCAAUCGCAGCACCAAUAUCAGCUACAGACAGCACCAAACGCGGAACUGGGCCGGCGGCAACCAGCGGCCGCAACCGGCGCCACAAUGUCAAACAGUGCCGUGGCCGAUGUGAUUGUGAUAGACGACGACAGUAAGUCGGAGAACGAAGCGCCGAGGCAGGAGGGUGGUGCUAGGGAAAAGUUUGCCACUGCACGAGCCCCCCACCCGUCCGCCGGUGAUCCGUUGGCCCUCAACGAUAGGGAGCUGGCCGAGCGAAUGUACCCGGCAUCGUUGCUUGCCGACGGUGGCGCUGUUGCCGCGCCGUCCCCCAGAUCGAGACGCACGCGAGGGACACCACGCGGUGCUGCUCGGCAAUCGCGAAGGGGUCGCGGUGCUGCUGGAUCAGCCGCCGCCGCCGCCGCUGCCGCAGCAGCUGCUGCAGCGAGACAGCAGGAGCUGGAUGCUAGUGCUGCCGUAUCGCAGCUGCUGGGGCUGCUGGCACAAGACGAUCCCGAGGAAGGCUCCAGCUCCGACUGCAUGAUAGUAGAUGAGCCGGCGCGCGCACUGAACGCGAACGCACCGACAUCCUCCUCCGCGGCCGGGCUGCGUGAAAGCUUAACGCUUGAAAGUCUGCUGCGCGGCGGUUCGAAACCAUCGGCUGCAUCGCUGAGCGGAGGGGGCAGUAGCUUCUACAGCAGCGUCCCGAUGGCUGGCGGUGGCGGUGGCGAGGUUGAGAAGAAUGGCACCGCCAGCAACAGUUCGAUCGGCAGCGUGACCAGCUCGGUUAGCAGCUCCGUCGCGGCACCGGCUUUGGCGACGCCGGCGGGAGUGGCGAGCGGCCGGACGCCGGCUGCCGGAGUGCGCAUGAGUACGCGCCGUGGCGCUGGGCAGCUGCUGAAGGAUGCACUCAGCAACAAGCACCAGGACCGGGACUCGGGCGUGGACGAGGCGCGCACGGACGGUGAGUGCGGUGGUGGGGCUACGCCUUCCAAGAGGCCGCGCGGGCGCCCCAAGAAACAAUCCGUCGAUGUCGCGACGGAAACGAACGGCGGCGGGAACAGCAACUCAGUGGACGGUAGCACCAACGACAACAACGUGCUGCUGGCGAUGGCAAUGAUGGGAGGCGCUGAUGGCGGUCCCGCAAUGCUACAACCGGAGGAUCGGGCGUUGCUUGGCGCACAGCAGUUGAUGGAAGGUAUAAUGCCACUGCCCAGGACGCCAGCACGGACGCCAAGGACAAGAGGACGUGGACGAGGCAGAGGUCGAGGAAAGCUGAGUUUGGCGGACGGUGCAGCCAGUGUGUUUGGCGGGACGCCCAUAGCGGGAGCAUCACCUGUCGAUGGAAAUGUAGAUCCAUUGUUUAUCGGCACGCCAAACAGCCACGAUCCUUCCGCGGAUGCAAUGCAAGGCUUUCAGCUGUUGUUCGGUCACCUUCAAACGCCCCGCGGUGCUGGUGGUAGUGCACGCUCGCGGGGCGGCAGACGGGGCGCCGGUUCGCGAGGACCCCGCACACCCAGGGGCGGUCGUGGGGCGGCAAAGGCGGCAAUGGCAGCAAUGCUGGCCGCUGCUAGUGCCACACCACCGGCCGACCUCGUUGGUUCGUUUGCGGAUCUAACGGCAGCGGAGGAGGCGGCAAAGAGCCAGUUGCUCGAUGCGCUGCAGCAGCAACAGGAGCAGCUACUGCAACAGCAGAUGCCACUUUCGCCGGUAGGCGCUGCUAUGGUGGACGUGACGCCAAAACCGAGAGGCCGUGGACGAGGGACGCGCGGCACCAGUGGUAUGGCGAGCAGACGGAAAGGGGUACGAGGAAGCGCUAAAGCAGGCCGGGGACGGAAGACUCUGGAGCUGGAAUCGCCGAUGCUGCUUGGUGUUGGUGGUGGUGGCGGUAAUGCUGCCAGCGAGUUACAUUCGGGACCAACCGUACCCGGUGACAGCAAGAACAACGCCAUCUUCAUGACACCGAUGGCGGGAGGUUUGGAUCCCAACCGACCGAAGCUGCAUAUGCGUGCACUGAAAACGCCGAAAAAUGAGAUCAAAACCAACACACCGCCAUCGAGCGCGGAAAACACGCCGUCUGCUGGCGUCACGCCUUCGCGCACGACGCCAACCGCGGAUGGUGCCGGCGGCACGCCGGGUGGGCUGCAGGUGUUCGAGGAGGAUACCCGCAUGAGCGGAGACUUUAACUUCACCACCCCCGUGCGGCUGCUCAGCACCGGUGACGGGUGCUUGCAGCAGAACGAAGAAUCCCAAAGCUCGUACCUGAGUAGCACCAGCGUUACGCAGGAUGCUACCAACCAAACGUUACCGAGUGCGGCAACGGGUGCCCCGGUGGACGGAAAACCGGAGGCAGAACUGGGCACGGCGGAGGCACACGUAUCGGAGGCACCAAAGGAAGCCAUCUCGGGUGCGACGUCCGCCGGCAACAGCAACAGCAGUAGCAGUCGGCGGCCAAACAAGGGCAAAAUGGAGGUGCUCGAUGCUCAUCGUGCUCAGUUUACGGUGGACCUGCUGGCCGAGUACGAGUGGCCGCCGCCCAGCCCGGGCACGCGGGGUGCCGACACGUUCAUGAUACAGGAACAGAUCGCGGAGUAUUUGGGCGUGAAGAGCUUCAAGCGCAAGUACCCGGACCUGAUGCGGCGCCCGGUGGACAUGGAGGAGCGCAACUUCAUCCUCGAGCAGGGGCUGGCCUCGGAGAAGAUGUGCGAUCUGGGGCUGACGGCCGUGUACGCCUCGGAAAUACUGGACAUCAUGUGCGCCGACUACCCGGACAAGUACGAAGAGUACACGCGGUACACGCGCGAAAAGCAUUUCCGCGAGCUGAGCAACCGGCAGCGGCAGCAGCAGGAAGCGAUCAGUGCGGUGGUCGCCGCUGCACCAGUGGAUCGCGCGCAGCUGGCGAAGGAAAAGGCGAUCGAAUCGGCUGCUAAUUGGAACUGUAGCUUUAACAAAGAACGGCGAGAAUCGAGGCGAGCGUGCAUGGACCUGCAAACUUACGUGGUGCAGGUACCGAAGCGACAGGAGCUCACCCGCCCAGAGGGCCACCAGCAAACGACGCCGAAGGCACAGCCCACCAACUAUCCGGUGGCGCUUGUACCCGGGCAGUUCAGCGAGUAUUACACUACUUACACACCGGAAGAGUUGGCGUGCUAUCCAAUCAACACAGUGCUGCUGGAUCCGUUCGAGUUGCAGGAGAUUGUUUCGUCCGAACGCUAUCGCAAGCUGGUGGCGGCUGAAGAGGCGCGUCUCCUUCAAGACGAUAGCAGCAGUAGCAGCAGCGAUAGUGAUAGUGACGACAGCAGCAGCAGCACCGACAGUGACACGAGCAGUGGAAGCAGCGGCAGCAGCAGCAGCAGCAGCGACGAUGAAGCGGAAGGGGGGCGAAGUAAACGCGCGCCAUCAAGCAGUGGAUCGUCCUCGAGCGAUAAUGAAGGUGACGGUAAUGUGAGCGUAAAGAAAGAAUUACGUCGUCAGAAGCGCAAAGGACGCCCCAGUGCUGCGGAUGGUGGUAAGGGCAAUUUGGUGGAAUCUACUCCUACCGUUCCUUCGGCGGCCGUUGCUGCUACUCCUGUGAGACGUUCGAGUCGAACGAUGAGUGCCGGUGUGCCAGCAGUAGCACCUCUCACUGUCGUGUGUAAAGAACCUACCGAUUCAGAUGAUUCCGAUGUUCCGCUGAUUGCCGUUAAGAAGAAAAAUAAUCUCGCCACAGGUGGUACGGUACCUUCGGCGGGUGGUGGUAAACGAAUGCAGGAAACGGUUGUAACACCGGUGAAACGGCCCCCGUUGAAUCCGUUCCUGUGCGCCGUUUGCAUGGGACCAGAGAAUAAGAACAAGUACAGUAAACCGGAACUGUUUGUACGCUGCACUCGUUGCCGUCGGAAAGCCCAUCCGUCCUGUAUCGGUAUGUCUUCGGUGAUGUAUAAACGUGUGCAGCAGUACAAGUGGCAGUGCUCGGAGUGCAAGCUGUGCAUGAAAUGCAACCGGCAACCGGCAGCAAUCGACAGCAAAAUGGUGUACUGUGAUCAGUGUGACAGAGGAUACCAUUUGGCUUGCAAGGGGCUUCGCAAUUUACCCGAAGGACGAUGGCAUUGCAACAUAUGCACCAUUUGCGGUUUAUGCGGCGCCCAAACGCCCGAAGGUCACCCGAACCCGCACCUUUCCGCCCAGCAACGGCAACAGCUGGCAAUGGUCGCCGAAUGGACGCACGAGUACGGCUUAAACUCGCUUACGAACAUACGGGAGCACCUGCGAACGCUCUGCGUUCCUUGCGUGCGGCAGCGAAAACAAUCUCAGCAGCAGCAGCAACAGCAGCAGCACCCAGUUCCGCCCAAGGGAAACAGUGAAAAUGUGGCAAUGCUUAACCACAACAAUAAUAAUAACACCGAACCGAGGAAGCUAUUGUCAGGAACAACUCAAGGGGUGAGUGGGAUAAGGCCAUCGCCGGUUGUUAGUGGUCCCGGCGGUGUGGUUUCCAUGAAACCACAAUAAUCACAAUUCUUGGAUGGGUAUCAUCAUGAAAAGUGAAGGCGAACAUUAUUACUGCUAUGCCACAGCUGGGUGGGUACGGUUGGGGAGUGGUAAAGAUGUUAAGAAGACGAUGCUAUUGAUAUGGCACGAUGUUAUCGAAUGGAGGCAAAGUUAGGUCAAAUGAAACAAAACAAACCAGAAGCGCAAUGGAAGGACAGGGACAGGUUCGCAUAAUGAUGUUACAUUUUAUUUUUUAUUCAUGUUAGUCAAUAAUCGUACUAAUUUGAACUUGAAUUUGCUAUCCGACUUGUUUUUUUUUAUAUGCAGCUUAUUGCUUCCGUUUUGUUUUUUUUUUACUCCUUUGAUUCCUGCAAAUAGCUCCGAAUCUUCGUACUGCACGCGUAAUUUUCUCUUCUUUUUUUAAAUCCAAAGCAUGUACAGGCCAACUCAACCACCUUUUUGUAAAUACACAACCCGGCGGGGGGAAGAAAUACUGUUUAAUAAUUGCACAGUGCCGCUCGAAUGUGUGCUGGCAGACACUAAUUCAUUUAAUUAUUUUUAAUGGUUUUAUCCAACAUGUAUGUGCAGUAGGAAAAUAGUUUGUUUCGUAAAACAUGUUCGUUAGGCAAUUAAUCCAGGAGUAUCGUUUCGUAAUUACGGGAGGAGAUGUAAAAACGGCUUGUUUCAUUAACUUUGGCUCUAGUGUUUAGUAUUAUUACUAUAAUUUUAUGAAGCUAGGAGCAACAUUAGAACUUUAUUUUGUUACGCUACGUACGUGGGCCUCGUGCUAGUUAGUUGGUCAAGUAAUUUGGUAAGUCACAAUGCAUCUUGAACAUUCACUCUACUUUCAUCAGUCGUCCCCUUUGAAUAUAACCAUGUGGUCCAAUGUGGUGAGGCUUGUCGACAGAAACUGGCAGAAUGAUUGAUGAGGGGACAAUAGACACCAGCGGCAUUAAUGCUAGAGUUUAGAUUAAGUUUGUUCUAGGUUGAACGGGGCUUGAGAAAAAGCUUUUCCCGACUUAUUAGUUCCACAUGCAGUGGAAAAUAGAAUACAGAACAGCUGCUAUAUAACCCCUGAUCUGCUAGUUCUUUGUAAGUCUUUUGCUAAUCUCGUCUUCUGUAAGACUCUCGUUUAGAUUUAGUUAGAUGUGUUAUUUUGUCAGCAUUGCCACUAAUCCCACUACACCAGGCGACGGUGGAGGCGACCGUAUGUAUAGUAUGGAUUCAGCAAGACUAAGCGCAUAAUAUGAGAGUUGUGUGUACAUGCUUGUGUAAUAUGUUUCGAGCCUUGUUGAAACAAUCAGAUAUCGUUAGCGUGUUCGCGGUCCCUGCGCCCAAAACCAUGAGUAAGUGUGUUAACAAACGAUGCAUGGAUUCCCAUUCCUCUGACACGUGUUGUUGCUGAGGAGCAUUUUCGUGUGCCACCAGUAGAAGAAAAAAACGAUGGCCAGGGUGGCAUUUGUUCGCUAGUUAGUUUUGGGGAAUCUCGCUCCCGAUUUCAAUGGCUUACUGUAACGGGCCCGGUAGGUUAAUGCUAAUCAAUUAAAAACAGAAGAAAAAAAACACACACACAUACACAAUUAUUACUUGUAUUUUGUGACAAUGCACACAUUACGCUAUUUUUUGUAUAAAUUAGAAAUCUAAAGCGCCCAGGCCAUUGUAGAAGCUGGAUAUAAAGCAUCAAAUCUACAACAGCGGCCGGUGUCCAAGCAGGAGAGAUGUGUAAGAAGAAAUGCUUGUAGCCCAGAGCACACAGAGGCACACGCGAGACUUGUAAAUGUGUAAGCUGCUUUGUGUUGUUGAAUAUCCGAGAGAGAAGAUAAAAUCAUGUUAAUAGGAAUAAAGCAAUCAAAUCAUCCCGUCUCCGUAGGUCCGAAGCCAGUGUUCGGACGGUGGAGAUUGUAUAUAUGAGGAGCACACAUCCCCCAGUCAAAAAAAAAUUAAUGCGUACAUCCAGUAAUAUUGUAAAUGCACAUAUUCGGCGCGUCGAAAAGAGAAGUUUAAGAGCAAAUUAUAGAUUGUGCGAUUGGGUGCGAAAUGUUCGCACAGUGCAAGUAAUAAUUUAUCAGCUAGCGUUUCUUAACGUAGGAUUAAACAGAGCUAUCUAAACAUCAGCUAUUAUUCACUUGUUAAGUGCUGCUACUGCGGUUCGGAAGAAAAGCAUACGAAAAAAAUGUAGGAAGUUGUAGAAAAUGGAGAGUGAGUGUGCUGAGGCUUGCAAGGAGCAUUAUAUGCACGACGUAACAUUGGUUAAAAGAAGCAUCAAUGCACAUUGAUGAAAAGAUACGCAAUGAUAGCAUGUAAUUUAUUGGAAUCCGCGCAUUAUAUUGACGAAUACAUUUUUUAAAAAAUA